UGUUGAUUUGUUUCCUUAUUUCCUUGUGCGGGUAUCAUAGUUCUGAGAAUAUUUGGUGAAGAUCUUGUAGCUAUUGGUCUCUGUCAGAGGGGUUGGAGCAUAUGUGAUUGUACCUUAGCACUUGGCUGUAGACGAUGGAUGGUGUGGUGUGCCCAGGAUGGAAGCUGGAGGCAUGAAGAAAUGGAGUUUACAUGCCACUAUUCAAUCUGGGGACUUCUAGCCUUUAUGACUAUGGCUCUGAUUGUUUCAUUGGUCAUAAAUAUUUCAUACUGCAUAGCAAACAAGCAAAAAGGUUACACAUACAGAGACUAUCAAGAAUAUAAUGCAAGCUAUGAUGAUGAUUAUACUGAAGAAUGCCCAGUUUAUGGCAACCUCAAUCAAGAGAUUUUAGAUGAAUGUUGCUAUGAACAAAUGAAAGCCCAGCCUCGGAGACACACUAAAGAAGUAAAGGUGGAAGUUGAAAGUCAGAUGUGCUAUGCCUCCCUUGAUCACAGCAUCAAGGAAAAACACAGGAAGCCUAGGAAAAAGAAAGCUCCUUCGUUAGAAGUGAAUGAAGAAGAGAUGCCAUCUAAAAACAGCACCCUGGUUUCCCAAACUAGCAUUUAUCUCAACAGUGACCAGCUGGCUGCUGAAAAUAAUCCAACAGAGGAAGCCAUUCAUGAUGACCCUAUCAGACUGUUUGGCUUGAUUCAUGCAACAUAGGAAGAGACUUCUAAAGAGGACUCCUGACCCAACUGAUCAC